CUCUAACCGUACCUUAACCUAUUAACUCGAUCAACUUUAGCUAUCUAGCUCCUACGUCUACUAUACUAAACAAAGUCUCUAAGAUGAGCUCCAUCACUGAUUCCAGAGGUGUGCAGAGAGGCGGUUGCAAUUGCCCUCAAUGUGACUGUGGCCAGUAUGAUGGAGGAACUGAAGGAAGGAAAUGCAAUUACUGUGGUCACCCUCCUGGAAAGCAUGUGAACAUGAUCACAGGCAUUGCUUCUUUGGCACUAACAACUACUUCGUUCUUACCAUCUAGCUCUUUCCAUUCUACUAUGGUUAUGGAUGAUACCAAGUUCCCUAGUACCCAGAGUCAACCUUGUUUUGAUCUCAACACGGGCGUAGAUGUACAAGAUGAGUACUGUCCACAACCUACUGACCACUCUGCACCCGAUCAAUCGACUAUGUCGAUGUCACCUCAAGGAGCUGUGCAACCACCACCGAGUCAAUUUGAUAUUAUGUCUUCCAUAUUACGAAGUCCCUUCAAGUGGCCACGACCAACUACUGCUCCCCCACCAGCAUUACGUUCACCUGCACCUCGGCUAGCCCUAGCCCUUCCACUUGACCAGCAGUGUAAGCUCAGUGGAUGCUCAAGGAGGAGAUACACUGAACCAGGUGGUCGUGUACAUGACUGUUGUGGGAGAACACAUGCGACAGAGUAUGCCAAACAAAAUUGUCAAAUUACAUCCGAGUUGCAAUGCAAGACUCCUGGAUGCUACAAACAGAGGUACCCAAAUGGCCAAGGAGGACAUUUUGAUUACUGUGCCAAAUAUUGUCGUGACAGUGGAGGCAAACCACAAGGGUCAAUGCUUGCUUCAGCUUCAAUGCCGGACAUGGCUCUGACAGGCGGAUAUGGUAUCUGUCAGUUCCCUCAGUGUGCAAGACCCAAGUACUGUGAUCCUGCCAAUGGGAGGGUGCAUGACUUCUGUAGGAGAUCCCAUGCUUACCAAGCCAGAGUGCAAGGAAUCACCACUAGCACUGCUGUGAAUAUCAGAGUAGCCACUGCACAAGAGCUCUCCACAAUUGCAGGGAAGUUCAAGCAGUCAUGGGCUAGUGCAAAGGGGGCCUGUCCACCAGUUUCAUUUGUCUACAUCAUCAGUAACUCACAACUCACACAAAGAUGGACCACAUACAGAAAUGGGUUACAGAAGAAGGAUGUUGAAGAGUACUACCAUGGUACUAAACUGACAUGCAACAUUACAGCGACUUCAACUCUGUGCAACGAUCAACAUUGUGGUGCAUGUGGUAUCUCAAACACUGGACUGGAUCGAAGAUGCAUUCAAAAGAACAUCAAGUUUCAGAGGUUUGGUCAUGGCUUUUACCUCGCUCCUAAUUCAUCAAAAUGCCAUGACUACACCCAAGGAUGCUCCUCGUAUAGAGCUAUGCUGUUGUUUGAUGUUUGUCCCGGAAAUAAAUCCAACCUCAAGAAAGACGAUGCAAAAUUAAAAGCACCACCUCAAGGAUUUGAUUCUGUUUAUGGACGGAAAGGAGUCCGCUUGAACUAUGAAGAAAUAGUAGUGUACAACGCUGAUGCUGCCCUUCCAAAAUGUAUUAUUGUGUACCAAAAAGACGGUGUAGGGAAAAUAGCAACAGGAUAGCACUUUUCAUUUUUUCAGUAGCAUAGCGUAAUACAGUAGAAGUUUUUUCUAUACAAAAACAUUGUGUGAGCUGUAUUCUACAUUGUCCUCCAAAAUGCACUCAUGCUAAUAGCUAA